AUGUCUGGCCCUAAAAGUGAUCAGAAAAUUAACCCUAAAAGAAACAGGCAGCCAGAGCAGCAGGGGCUGCAGCAGCUCAACAAAGUCAAGGGGCUGCUGCAGUACAACAAAGUCAAGGGGCUGCAGCGGCUUAACAGAGUCAGUGCGCUGCUGCAGCUAAACAAAGUCAGUGCGCUGCUGCAGCUAAACAGUCAAUGGGCUGCUGCCGCUCAGCAGAGUCAGUGGGCUACUGCAGCUAAACAGUCAGUGCGCUGCUGCAGCUCAGAGUCAGAAAGGUUGCAGCAGCUCAACAAAGUCAAGCUCAGUAGAGUCAAGGGGCUGCUGCAGCUUAACAGAGUCAGUGCGUUGCUGCAGCUCAACAAAAUCAAGGGACUGCUGCAGUACAACAAAGUCAAGGGGCUGCAGCUCAGCAGAGUCAGUGGGCUGCUGCAGCUCAACAAAGUCAAGGUGCUGCUACAGCUCAGUAGAGUCAGUGGGCUGCUGCAGCUCAACAAAGUCAAGGGGCUGCUGCAGCUCAGGGGCUGCUUCAGCUCAGCAGACUCAACAGAGUCAGAAAGGUUGCAGCAGCUCAACAAAGUCAAGGGACUGCUGCAGUACAACAAAGUCAAGGGGCUGCUGCAGCUUAGCAGAGUCAGUGGGCUGCUGCAGCUCAACAAAGUCAAGGGGCUGCUACAGCUCAGCAGAGUCACUGGGCUGCUGCAGCUCAACAAAGUCAAGGGGCUGCUGCAGCUCAGUAGAGUCAGUGGGAUGCUGCAGCUCAACAAAGUCAGUGGGAUGCUGCAGCUCAACAAAGUCAAGGGGCUGCUGCAGCUCAGUAGAGUCAGUGGGAUGCUGCAGCUCAACAAAGUCAAGGGGCUGCUGCAGCUCAGUAGAGUCAGUGGGAUGCUGCAGCUCAACAAAGUCAGUGGGAUGCUGCAGCUCAACAAAGUCAAGGGGCUGCUGCAGCUCAGCAGAGUCAGGGGGCUGCUGAAGCUCAGCAGAUCUGAACUGUUAAUGAGUCCUGACGAGCUGCUCAGUUUAAUCCUCCUUCCUCUGUUCCACCGACCAAUCAGAGCUGCUGAUGUCAUCCUCUCCCCUCCCCCACCCUGUGUGUGUGUGUUCAACCUCUUUGUGUCAGCUCGGUUGCCGAGGCAGCAGCAGUGUGAGGACGGAGGUCGCAUGAAGCGUCGCUGCGUUCCUCUGAGAGCCGACCACAACCUGCUGACCCCCGACACACACACACAGUCGGGGGUCAGGCUGCAUCCUGUUGCCCAGGUGAGGUCGGAGGGCGUGGCCUCAGGACACCUGAGUGACUUGUCCAGCAGCGAAUCAGCUGUCGGCGAGGCGAGGCGACGGCCCCCUGUAGCGUCUCCAACUCGCCGUCUGCGAUUUGAGGAUGAGACAGAGACGGAGGCGGAGUCCCGUUACCUGGAGCGGCAGAGGAGACGGGGGGGUCAGCGAGGGACAGGUGUCCUGGUCUCCAAACCAGACCUGAACCUGUACGUCAAGGCCAGGGCGGAGGCGGGGCAUGUUGCUGACAGACAGCAGAGAGGACGGACGCCGGCAGGGGGGCAGUGUGACUUAUGUGGGACAGUUUUAGGAGGUGGAGUCAACCUGAACCUCCGUUUACACCCACAUGUACCUGAAAAUAGGGGGCGGAGACUGUACAGGACUGAGCCAAUCAGAGAGACCUACAUUGGCUGUGUCAGACCUGGUGAGACCAGCGGGGGAGGGAGCGGCGCUGGCCAGGUGAUGAUGGGGCCCAAUCAGGUGGAACUUAAUGGAAACCAGGUGACCCUGCAUAAGGCCACGCCUACCACAGACCUGCCAAUGAACCCCUACGCCCCUGACCAAACAACCACGCCAGCUCAGCCCUCCUCCUCCUCAUCUUCUCCUCAUGUGACAUCACUGAUGAUGUCACAGAGCGUCAGGCUCAACUGCACAAAAUCAGGGCAGAACCAGAACCAGGAGGAGCGAGGGAGACCUGCAGCAGCCAAGCCCCACAGAGAGCUACGAUCGGGGCCAGAGCUGAAGGAGAGGAGCCCCUGUGUGAAGGAUGGAGGUCUGGAUCUCAGGAUGAAGAGCCCCUCCACCUCGUCCUCGUCCUCCUCAGGAAGGAGCUCAAAGACUACAGCCGAGAGCCAAGCCCCUCCCACCACAGACAGCAACAGCGAUGGACAGGUCAGACAGCCAAUGACAGCCGACCUUGACAGUGAGGACACGUCACUUCCUGAACACUUCAUAAGCAGAGACGAUUCCUCUCGUCUUUCUCUGCGACGUCUUCUCUCCACCGUCAGACUGAGCAGGACUCGAACCGGCAGCCUCGACCGCCUAAGUUCACGACCCCGCUCCUCAUCAUCUGGCUCCGCCCACUCUGAUCCCCCACCCUCUUGUCCCAAGAAGUCCUCUGGCCUCCUGAAGAAAACACCCUCUGUUCAGUCGCUCAGUGUGGGGUCGCCCUUCUUGCAGUUGAGGAAGUCACCAUCAGGUCAUUCUUUUGGGUCGGAGCAGAAGAAGAAGGACCGCUCUGCUGACUACAGACCAGCUGCUGACCAGUUCCUGCAGAGGUGUCUCAGUAUCGAGGACGUCGGCCGUCCCAGUUCAGUUCGUUCUGUCGGUCGGGUUCUUCAGGUUUGUUCUGACGGAACGUUGUUGUUGGAACUCAGUCGACCGAAGAGCCAAAUGUACGGAUUCAUCAUCAGCAGGGGGAGAGGACGAGCUGACUCUGGCGUGUACGUGGAGGACAUGGUGGACAGCGGCACUGAGAAGUUGUACGCCGGCCUGCUGGUGGUUGGGGAUGAGAUCCUGGAGGUGAACGGGGAGAAGGUGGUCAGUCUCAGUCUAGACCAGGUGACCCACCUACUGACCCAGAACCCCUCCGCCACUGUCCGGGUGCUCCGACACUGGAGGACCCCCCCAAGGUGACCACAACGCUGCCUGACUGCAACUACAGCCGCCGCUCAGCUCAUGUCCAUUUAAAAAGCACUUUACACACAACACGGUGGAUCCGACGUGCUUCAGAGUCAGGAGCCGCGGUCACAGGGCCCCACCGACACCACAGACCUACAGAGACCUCAGGAGACAUACCUGAGCUGGUGAAAGGCUGAUGGAGGGAGAAUGUUCAGGGGCAGCGAUAGAGAAGCUCCCGUAACACUUAGUCCUGGACCUGGGGUCAGACUGAAGUCUCUGAUCUCAGUGUGAUGUGGAAACAGGACCUGUGGAGACUUAUAGAAAAGAAGGUUUGCAGCCAUUCUGGAUUUGAGGUCCUCAGCAGGGCCGUGAGUACGACGGUGCAACCUGUGCACCGGGGGCCAGCUCAUCGUGAUCAGACGCCAUCAUCCAUUUAUUCACUGGGCUUUUCUUGAUCGCUGUUUGUUCCGUGGUUGCUGACAGUCUGUGUUGAUUUGUUACCAUCCGCAGGCAGAUCAGCGCAGGUGAGGGAGGCACAGUUAGACGUUUCACAUUUGAAGAGCUCAUCGCCGCUUUGACUUCUAACUGCGACACCUUUAUAUUUACUACACACUGGUUGUGAGGCAGCACGAUGUAACAGUCCCAGUUUGUGCUGACUCCCCGGGCCCCUGAGUCAACGGGUGCAUUCGAGAUGACUGCGGCUGACUUUCGCCGACCUGACUUAAGUGUAAUUUAUACUGAGUAGCCUCGCAAUGCCUCUGAGCCGACAGGAAGUUCCCGUGCUUUGUAGUAAAACGGCGGCUGGAUAUAUUUGACCGUCACAACCCAAGCGAAAUGACUCGGUAACAUUUGAAAAGGCUACAACAGCCGCACGGGUACAGUUUUACCCCCAUGGUGCAUCUGUGGAAAAGCUCCCGCGAGGUUUUAAUGUCAUGUGACAUGGUGACGUUUUGCAGCGCGGCCAAAAGUCGGACACAAUUUCUACCCAGCAUGCCUUAUUUUAAGUCCAGCGUGCAACACGUUAAGUCAGUGCCGCAUGAAGUCAAACACACCUAAUGCAACAGGGGGAACGCCGUCAUCACUCAGAGGGCGGCAGUAGACGAUGAAGCGGCGGCGGGCAGUGGUGUCGACGGAGACCAGGGGCCAUGUGUAUGCACAAAAACAUAUGUAGAUCUCUCCGUACGCUCAGCGGGCCAGCGAGUGUCCAACUGUGGUGCGAACUGAAACUUACUUUGUUUAAAGGUGCAGGUGAGCUCAGCGCUGCCUCCUGUGGCUGAGGAACAUCAGGUGACUCAGGGGGCAGGAAUGAGCUCAAUACAGCCGAACACUCCAUAACUAACUGGGACACUAGAAGAAGACGUGAGCCGGCUGACCUGCUGACUGAAAUUAAAAAGCUUGUUUUAUUUUUUCUCCCCCUGCAGAGCUGCUGGCAGGUAAAAUAAAGAGAACGCAGUAACGAUGUAGUACUGGUGUUUACAGUAUUUAAAGAAGCCUCUGCAGUAUUUCUGUCAUAUGUAUUUUCAUGUUUGCUUAUAUUUUCUGACAAAUAAAAGAAAA